UUGAACAAUUUAUUUUUUUUAAAUUUACAAUUUUUUUCUAUUUUAGAUGGUUUUUACAGAAUUACUUUUACAGCUGAUGAUUCACUGUGGUGUAAUGCAACUUGGGAUGGCCUUUUAUGUUGGCAAGCAAUUCCAGCAAAUACUUCAUUUACACAGUUUUGUCCCGACGAAAAAGGAUUGGAAUCUGAGCGUAAAUUACUAGUUGAAGAAACCCGAAAAAUAAUGUAUUUGUUUGCAAGUGUUGCAAAUGUAAGAAUUUUGGAUUUAGUGGCACUUGGAUUAUCAUUUUUUACGCUGCUAAUAUCGGUAGCUAUCUUUCUGUAUUUCAGGAGACUUCGUGUCUUCAGAAAUCUUCUUCACGUUCAUUUAAUGGCCUCAAUUCUUGGACUUGUGUUUAUUCGUCUUGUCAUGUAUAUCGAUCUACAGUUUUUGGUAAUUAACAUAAUUUUUAAUUCUGCUAUUUUACAGCCAUUACUUUGUUGGCUUUCAUCUGUAUUGCUUGAGUAUUUCAAAUGUGUUGCAUUUUUCUGGAUGUUUUUGGAAGGCUUUUAUCUACAUAACCAAUUGGUUCUUACGGUAUUCAAUGCUGAACCACGCCUGAAGCCAUAUGUGCUUGUUGGUUACGGUGUGCCAUGUAUUCACAUAUUAAUAUGGUUAUUAGCUAUCUACUGUCGUAGGGGUAAAUUUAAGCAGUGCUUGGGUUCCUACUGGUGGGAACGAGAAUUCUGGAUUUUGGAAGGACCACGUUUGUUUCAGUUGGUGAUCAACACACUCUUUAUUUUCAAUGUGUUACGAGUGCUGUGGUCAAAAGUCAAGAACGAAGCCUGUAAGAAUGAAUUGGCUCGAAUGAAAAAGAGUGCUAAGGCAGCAAUGAUGUUGAUGGCAUUACUUGGAGUACCCAACAUUAUGCAGCUGAUACCACUAAAUCCAACAAACGAUAAUAAAGAGUUCUUUGUUGGCUGGACAUACUGCGCAUCGGCAACACAUAUGUUUCAAGGAUUUGUCAUUGCAUGCAUCUACUGUUUUACAAAUCGUGAGGUAAGACAACUGAAACAACAGACUUCCUACAGCAGAUAUAGAUUGAAACAUGGUACGUCCGCAGAAGUCCGACGUUCUAGUCGUUUACCGUCAACUGUAUCACGUAACAAAAAAGUGCCAACGAGCGGCAGCAGCCACACGUUGACUUGCCCCAAUAAUCGGCCAAUCAAAAAAGGCUCUGAUGAUUCGACGACGGGUCUUCUGGCUGAAUCACGGGAGAAGGAACAAACAAAAGAUGUAACGGAACAGUAUACCGUUCGUAAUGGUGACACUGUAAGAAUUUUAUGA